AUGGUAGUUAAUAAUGAAGACGAUGCGCAUAAUACUGUUGACUCACAUAGUCAAAGUUCAAAAAAUUUAGAAUGGUUCUUUCAAGCUUUAAAUGAAGGCCGUAUAAUUAAAUUUAAUUAUUUAAAAUUUAUUAAUGUAAAAGAAAUCGGACAAGAUCCAAAAACGGGUGACAUCAUUAUGGUAUUGCAGUUUGCCAAAGAUGGGAAUCUGCGAGAUUAUCUAACACGCCAAUGGAAUAUUGUUGGUUUUAAAAUUUCAUUAACCAAGAUUAUUAACAUUUUGGAGCAAAUUGUGCAAGGAUUAAAACAUUUACACACAAAUAACAUUAUUCAUCGUGAUUUAAGAUUUAAUUUAAGAGACAUUUGCGAUAAAAUCGCAAAUGGAGAACGAGAAAUCACUAUUCCUGGUACACCUAAAGAUUAUGUCGCCCUUUAUCAGAAGUGUUGGUCAACUGAACCAGUACAACGACCAACUUUGAACAAAAUUUUGGAAUGCCUUGCAGAAAUAUCAAAAGAAGCGGAUAAUAAAUUUAUAAUUAUUGAAAAUGAUCGCCAAAUGCCUCAACGGCAUCCUUCAUUGCCAUAUAUAUUCCCAAGUUCACCGAACUCAAUCAUUUCUUCCCAUAGCUCCGUAUAUUUUGGUUUUCAGAUGCAGAUUUCUAUAAAUGUAACAAACAUUAUUACUAAAAGUCAUGCAGAAAGAAUUGCUUCAUGGAUUUAUGUAAAUAAUAUUCAUAAUAUUCGUUGUGAAUUUAAAUUAUUAUAUACGGGCAAUCGAGUUCAAGAUGGUCCCAAAUUUAAUGGCUUUUAUGAAAAGUGUGGCAAUAAACCAAGAACCGUUGUGGUUUUUCGAAUCCGGGAAACAGGUGAAAUUAUUGGUGGAUAUAAUCCAAUUGAGUGGAAAACAGCACCUCGUAAGCUUGGAAUGCCUUCUAGGGAAUACGGAAAAACCGAUAGAGGGUUUAUUUUUUCUUUCAAAGGUGAUAAAUCAAUUUAUAGUGAAGUAAAAAAUACUGAUAAGGCAAUUUAUUACAAGGAUGGAUUUGGACCUAGUUGGGGUAAGCAUGACCUAUCAUUGAGAAACGAUAUGGCGUAUAACUAUAAGUGGUAUUGUAAACAAAAAAAUUAUAGUCAAUUGAUUAGAUUUUCGGCGGGUUCCUUUGAUGCUGAUGAUGAGUUAAGAAAAGAUAGAAGCAUUCGUCGAGUUAUUUUUAAUCAAACCUUUUUAUUCACUAUUGACAUUGCACAACUCUUAGCAAUGAUGGUUUAUCGAGAAGUAGGACGUUUUGAUCAUCAAUUGCCAACCUACCUUUACGCUGAGCUAUUUAGCACGGCGUUUACGGUUUUUGUGAUGACAAAAUUUUUGGAUAAGAUCCCUAAACUGCAAGAGACAGUCCAAAAUGAUGCUGAUGGUACAAAUAACGUUAAUGUUAAUGAUAAUAUUGAGUCAGCUCAGGAAAAACGUUAA